AGAGCGAGUGAGACCCGCGGCCCUGGCCGAGGACGACCUGGGCUGCAGCCAUGGAGGACCAGAGGGAGGCUCUGCGGAAGAUCAUCACGACACUGGCUGUGAAAAAUGAAGAGAUUCAGAGUUUCAUUUACUCCCUCAAGCAGAUGCUGUUGAACGUGGAGGCGAACUCGGCCAAGGUGCAGGGGGAUCUGGAAGCCGAGUUCCAGUCCCUCUUCUCCCUCCUGGAGGAGCUGAAGGAGGGCAUGCUCAUGAAGAUAAAGCAGGACCGUGCCAGCCGCGCCUAUGAGCUGCAGAACCAGCUGGCUGCCUGCACGCGAGCUCUGGAGAGCUCUGAGGAGCUUCUGGAGACGGCCAACCAGACCCUGCAGGCCACGGACCGCGAGGACUUUCCUCAGGCUGCCAAGCAAAUCAAAGAUGGUGUGACAAUGGCCCCCGCCUUCCGGCUGUCAUUGAAAGCCAAGGUCAGCGACAACAUGAGUCACCUCAUGGUGGACUUUGCACAGGAGCGGAGGAUGCUACAGGCACUCACGUUCCUGCCUGUGCCUAGCGCCCCUGUGAUCGACCUGGCCGAGUCCCUGGUGGCCGACAACUGUGUAACCUUGGUGUGGCGCAUGCCGGACGAGGACAACAAGAUUGACCACUAUGUGCUGGAGUAUCGGCGGACCAACUUUGAGGGCCCGCCCCGCCUCAAGGAGGACCAGCCCUGGAUGGUCAUCGAGGGCAUCCAGCAGACAGAAUACACCCUGACCGGUCUCAAGUUUGACAUGAAAUACAUGAAUUUCCGUGUGAAGGCCUGUAAUAAGGCAGUUUCAGGCGAGUUCUCUGAGCCAGUGACCCUGGAGACACCAGUCUCUGUUUCUUUGUGUUUUUCUGUUCUCUGUCCCUGUCAUGGUCUGUCUUGGUCACUGUCUGUCUCUCUCUGUGCCUCCGGGUUUCCCCAUCUCUGUGACUCCCACGUCUGCCCGGCCCCAGCGUUCAUGUUCCGCCUGGAUGCGUCCACAUCCCACCAGAACCUGCGGGUGGAUGAUCUCUCCGUGGAGUGGGACGCCAUGGGCGGGAAGGUGCAGGAUAUCAAAGCUCGCGAGAAAGAUGGCAAGGGGCGGACGGCGUCUCCCGUCAACUCCCCAGCCAGAGGUACUCCGUCUCCCAAGAGGAUGCCCUCGGGUCGUGGGGGACGGGAUCGCUUCACAGCUGAGUCCUACACGGUGCUGGGGGACACGCUGAUUGAUGGCGGGGAGCAUUACUGGGAGGUGCGCUACGAGCCGGACAGCAAGGCUUUCGGCUUGGGGGUGGCCUACCGCAGCCUGGGCCGCUUCGAGCAGCUGGGCAAGACGGCCGCGUCCUGGUGCCUGUACGUCAACAACUGGCUGCAGGUCAGCUUCACUGCCAAGCACGCCAACAAGGCCAAGGUGCUGGACACCCCCGUGCCCGACUGCCUGGGCGUGCACUGCAACUUCCACCAAGGCCUCCUGUCCUUCUACAACGCCCGCACCAAACAGCUACUGCACACCUUCAAGGCCAAGUUCACGCAGCCGCUGCUGCCAGCUUUCACGGUGUGGUGCGGCAGCUUCCACGUGACGGCAGGCCUACAGGUCCCCAGCUCUGUGCGCUGCCUGCAGAAGCGGGGCAGUGCUACCAGCAGCUCCAACACCAGCCUCACCUAG